CUCGAAAUGUUACCGAUUUGUGCCGCGAAAUGUCCAAAAAGCCUUUCUAUGCCAAAAAUAGCAAUUCCAUACUUGAUUUCACGCAAUGAAAAGAGGAACCGACCCAGAUACUGAAAGCAGGGCUAGCUCAUACUCCAAUUCUUGCAGCCUUCUCGAUUCUACACUUCACUGGUGAGUUUGUACUUGUCAAAUUAGUUUGUUGUGUGACACUAUCUGCGAUUUAAAGCAGCCAUGGAAGAUGGUUCAGCAGUCGAGGAGUGGGUGAAUCUUGAAGAGGACAAUUACAUGGAAGAGAUGGACGAUGCCUCUUUGAAACAUGAAAAUGUAACUAUUGACCGAGAAAAUUGAUUCAGUGAUUAGAAUUUCAUUGGCAGACUGCAUAAGAAGAACGAGAUUAAGACUUGAGAGUGACGUGCCUCGUUGUCGACAAUCAUAUUGGUGCUUCUCAGACUGGAAGUUUCCCCAUUCACUGUAGCCUAUCUUCACACUUCCGACUGUGAUGUCCAGGUAGUACAACUCCGCCUUCUCUCAUCUUGAUCAGUAGGCACAUUCCAUUUUUGUAUCUACUCUGGUUUUCUCUCGGACAAACACUUGGAGCUUGUAACUUUUUCCACAAUAUGUGGAAAGUAUGACCUGAUUUUUGCAGAUUGCUUCUAGCUUACUAUGUGGAAUGGAAGAAUGAGAUCAAAGUUUUGCGCAUUGUCGCUUCUGAGUAAUACACAUUUCAGUUGCUCUUCUGUUAAAUCCACCCAACAUGUUGUGCGCAGGGCUCUUACCAGUGCUACCGUGGCCUCUGGUUUUAGUUCAUGGCCUACUCGCAUUCAUACUGUCUACCCUACUACUGCAUUGAACUCCAAUGUUGGGGAUCUUUUCUCCUCUGGCUUUUGUUCUCGCUAUUAUAGUUCUCCGGGUUCAAACUGCGAUAUUUUGAACAUGCCUUCAGAAGAAGCUAGUCAACAUGCAGCCAAUGAUGAUCAUGUUAGUGACGAUGAUGAUGAUGAUCGAGAAGAGCAUGAAGAGGAUAACAUGAACAUUGAGCAAUUGAACAUCAAUGACAAAGGUGUGAUACGAGAUGUGGAUGCCAUUAUGGAUAUAUUUCGUGGGUUUCGGAAUGUAGAUCGAAUUCAAGUAAAGAAUAAGCUUGAGCAUUGCUGUAUUAAGGUCUCAGGGGAGUUGGUAGUCACAGUACUUUCUCGGAUCCGUAAUGAUUGGGAAGCAGCAUUCACUUUUUUUGUUUGGGCUGGUAAGCAGCCUGGCUAUACCCACUCUAUACGUGAAUAUCAUUCAAUGAUUUCAAUUCUUGGGAAAAUGAGGAAGUUUGACACGGCAUGGGCCUUGAUCGACGAGAUGAGAGGAGGGACAACGGGCUCUUCUCUUGUGACACCUCAAACUCUAAUAAUCAUGAUUAGGAGAUACUGUGCCGUUCAUGAUGUUGGUAAAGCUAUAAAUACCUUCCAUGCUCAUAAAAGAUUCGGAUUCAAAGUUGGACUAGAGGAAUUUCAAAGCCUUCUCUCUGCCCUCUGCCGUUACAAAAAUGUGAAGGAUGCUGAAUAUUUACUCUUUUGCAACAAAGAUGCGUUCCCGUUUAACACAAAGAGCUUCAAUAUUGUCCUCAAUGGAUGGUGCAAUAUAAUUGGCAGUCUUCGCGAUGCAGAGAGAAUUUGGAGGGAGAUGACGCAGAGGGGUAUCGGUCAUGAUGCUGUCUCAUAUGCAAGUAUAAUUUCUUGUUACUCAAAACUUCGCAACCUUUAUAGGGUGCUCAGGCUUUUUGACAAUAUGAAGCAAAUGAAAAUUGACCCUGAUAGGAAAGUCUACAAUGCAGUCAUUCACGCUCUUGCCAAAGGUGGGCUUCUGAAAGAAGCUAUCGAUCUCAUAAAAACAAUGGAGGAGAAGGGCAUUAUUCCAAAUGUUGUUACUUAUAACUCGGUUAUCAAACCUCUAUGCAAGGCCCGGAAAUUCGAUGAUGCUAGAGUGGUUUUGGAGGAGCUGUUGGAGCGGGGCCUCUGCCCGACAAUUCAGACAUAUCAUGCGUUCUUGAGAUUCCUGAGAACGGAGGAAGAAAUAUUUGAGGUAUUGGAGAAGAUGAGAACAAUGGGGUGCAAUCCAACCACUGAAACCUACAUAAUGUUGAUCAGAAAAUUUUGCCGAUGGCGGCAGCUUGAUAUUGUUUCCAGAAUAUGGCAUGAAAUGAGUGAAAAUGGAAUUAGUCCUGAUCGCAGCUCUUAUAUUGUCUUAAUACACGGUCUCUUCUUGAAUGGAAAACUAGAAGAUGCAUAUAAAUACUAUUUGGAAAUGAAGGAAAAAGAGUUGCUUCCUGAACCAAAGAUAGAUGAGGUACUAAAAGCUUGGCUUGCUGGUAAGCCUGUGAUUCAAGGCUACAUGAAUGGUUCAUCAGAGAAUACAUCAGAUUCUUCUGGGGAAGGCAAGAACUCGAACUCGAAAUUGUUCCCCAAAAAAAUUGAUUUUCACAGACAACCUGAGAUCAGAAAGGUUGCAAGAGAUUCUGGUUUUUCAUUUUGGAAGCAGUAAGAUUUUGUAGUAUAUCUUAUCCCAUCGACCUUGAGGAUCAAAUGGAUUGUUGCACGACUUCAACCGUUCAUCUGAGGUUCGCAUCAGGUGCCUUCAACCUCUCUUUUCAUCUCACAGUGAACCUUUUUCCUUCCAUUACACCGCCAAUGCUUUUGAAGCCUAGUAAACUUUUUUACACAUGCCCGGAUCCUAAGAGGUUAGAGGUACUAAUCUUCAGACCGCACAUGUUUAUUUUCUUUUGUAGCGAUGUCGAUGUAUGAGCUGUUUGAAACCGUCCAUAGCAAGGCAAAACUUGGCCAUUUAGGAUUUGAAUCAAAUAUCUAAGCACAUGAAGCCAUGCUUAGGUAAACAUCGCUCGAUGAUAGCGUUUUAAAAUCAUCAGUUUUACCAGACAUUAUUCAAAGCUCUCAACUAAUUUCUUCCAUUAAAAUUGUGGAAAUUUGUUACAAAAAGGUUGGAUAUAAAAUAAAUUAUUGUUUUAUUUA